AAAGCGUGCAAUGGUUAACAAGCGGUGGCCCCUGGAAUUAUCCCAACCCCAUUUCCGUCAACUUCAUCUUUCUCUCUCCAUCCGACAGCUCCAGCUGAUAACCUUAAUCAAACUCACCCACGUGCCUCAUAUCAACUAAUACUCCCCAACCCUCUCUCUCCGUCUCUGUAUGUACGACAUGUCGUUCAAUUCUAGAGGCUCGGAAAUUUCCAGCAGCAGCAUGUCGACGACGAGAAGCCUCAGCGAGAUUUCCGAAACCGAGACUAUACGACUGGGACUGGAUCUCGUAUCGGCAGCAAGACGAAAUGUUAGGUUCUUGAGAGCUGUGGACGACUCUCAGUGGCUUCACCAAAAGCCUGUUGUUAUUGAAGCCAUUAGGAGAUACGAUGAGCUCUGGAUGCCGUUGCUUUCUGAUCUCUCUGUGGGGUCAACGCCUCCUAUGAUUCUUCCUCCUCUUGACGUUGAAUGGGUUUGGUUCUGUCACACAUUAAAUCCGGUUUCUUACAGGAAAUACUGUGAGGCAAAGUUCUCAAAGCUCAUAGGAAAACCAACCAUUUUUGAUGAAGAGAAUGAAGAGUACGCAUUGAUGAGAUGCAGAGAAAUCUGGGUAAGAAGGUACCCAAAUGACCCAUUUGAGAAUGAAGAUGAUUCAGGUUCCACAAACCCAGUUUCAGUCAAUCAAGAGCUCUUGCUAGAAGUUACCAAACACAGAUUUCUGUACUCCAAGUUCUCGGAACCUUACAGGUCUGAAAUUGUGUAUCUAAUAGCAGCGAGGCAAAGGUAUAAGGGAUUCUUGUAUAUGUUGAAGAGGUCCACUGAUGUGUGCUCUCCUUUGGUGCCUGCCUCAGAUAUUCUGCUAAUGUGGUUAACCCAUCAGAGUUACCCAACAAUAUAUGCUGAAGAUUCGAAGGAGGUAGAGGGUGAUUUGGAGAAGGUUGUGCCUAUUCGGGGUACUGCUACAAAAAAGGAGGUGGAAGAGACCAAGAACCUUUGGGAGAGAACAUUUGAUCAACCGUAUGAGAAAGCCGGUGGAGGGAUCGUCUUGGAAUCGGAAGUUACCUCAGUCAAGCCGCCGGUUUACUGGGAUGUUUCUGAUACAGAUUUCAACAGCAAAUACAAAUCCACUCAUCCUAGGUUCUUACUUGAGGUAUGUGUGUUUGUGAGACUCAGGGCUAAAAUGAAGGCUAUGCAAGAGCAAGUAAAACGUGAUAACCUUCGUCUCCGAGUGGUAAGGUGUCACAGAGAGUUAAAACUUGAUAAAACUGUCUCCAGUUUCUCCUACACAUCAUGGCAAAAAGCUUGGCAUCUCUACUGUGAAUUUGGAACCAAGGGUAUUAUAUUUGAGCUUCGCAGGCAUGGUGGUGGCUAUUGCUUCAAAGGAAGUAGUCUGCAGGACACUGUUACAUUUCAUUGGAAUGACUUACUAAGAGCACCAUCUCUAACUUUGGAAAGGGAAGUUGAUCAACAAGUGAAAAUCAUUACUUCAAUUACUCCACCCGCUCAAGCACCGUACUUGUUAAAAUGUGUGCCAGAUCGGGUUACAGAUGACUCUGGUGCCAUGAUAUCAGAUGUGAUUCUGAAAAUGAAUCAGUAUCGCCCACAAGAAGGCCGGUGGUUGUCUCGUACAGUUCUUGAUCAUGCAGGGAGAGAGUGUUUUGUUGUCCGAAUAAGGGUGGGAGAAGGAUUCUGGAGAAGAGGUGGUGAAAUUCCAUCAAUUGUGAAAUGGGAGGAUAGGAUAAUAGAGAUUCGAGAAGGUUCUUGGUCUUAUGUUGCUGGUUCCAUUGGCAGAGCCCCUGAGAGAGUGGUAGGUACAGCAACUCCAAAAGAACCCCCAGAACAAUGGAAGGCUGCCUGGUACUUUUCAACAGGAGAUGAAUUGUUGCUACGGUGGGGAUCAUCAAUAUCAAUGUCGGGCCUGGGUUUUUGCUUGAGAAGUCAAGCUACUGAAUCAACGGCAAAGCUGUUGACAGGGCGGAGAAUGCAGUAUCGGAUGAGGAAAGAUAAGUCAGAGUAUUAUAAUGAAAGAAGUCGAAAUGAAGAAGAAGUAACAGAGGAAGAUGAUGAAGAGGAAGGGUUUGUGACACUAGUUCGGUUUACAGAGGAUGACCCUGAUGGAAGAGCAACUGCUCUUCUAAAUUGGAAGCUAUUAGCGGUAGAAUUUCUCCCUGAAGAAGAUGCAGUAUUUGUUCUUCUCCUAUGCAUUUCAAUGCUAAGAAGCAUAUCAGACAUGAAAAAGGAAGAUGUGGGAGGUUUGUUGAUUAGAAGAAGAUUGAAGGAAGCGAAAAUCGGUACAAGGGAUUGGGGUUCUGUAGUACUUCACCCUUCUUCGAGUUCCUUGUCUAUUUCUUCGCCUUACCUUCAACCUUGGUAUUGGAAUGCCAAGGCAGUAAUGGCAUCAGAUAGUGCAGCAGAUCAUAUCACAAAGCAACCUGCGUUUACUUACUCACCAGAGGAAGGUGGUGAUAAGUUGUACAAAAGAGGGAUAUUUACACAAAAUCUUGUGUGGUUUUAAGGUUCUCUUAGCGCCUUUUUUUUUUUUUUUUUUGGUUGCUAAAAUGGUUCUCUAAGUUGCAAAUAUUUCCGUCUUCCUACGCAGAGAGCAUGUGAUCUUGCACGUGCACUAUGCAAAUAACCACUGGCGAUGAAGUUUCAUGUUUCUGGUUGAUUAAAUGGAAAACAUGCAAUUAAGUGUAAGAUUAACACAUGCCUUUUGUCUCAAAAUUUUGAAAGAAUCAGUCUGCAUCUUUGUUGGAAGCUAAUUUAAUAAUACAUAUUAUUUUAUACUAA